AUGGUUCCAUAUAUUUUGAUGGAUUUACCUGCGGCAGGACUUCAAUUCACCCCCUUGACAGAUUGCGAGUGGGCAACGAAAAACGCAAAGCUUCAAGAGGGAAUGUGUAAUCGCGGUGGUGGACAUAUGCAUCCACGGAUGAUGAUGGCAAGUAUUUUCGGCAUUUUCAUCCUACUGAUCUUUAUCUUGGACCGCUCCGAAUGCAAUGCGCCAUUAAUUUACGAUUUGGUUAUCAUUGGAUUGGGUUCAGGGGGGCUUGCUGCCGUCAAGAGAGCCAGUCAUUAUGGUGCUAAAGUUGCCGUAAUAGAGCAAAGCUUUAUUGGCGGCACGUGUGUAAAUGUUGGGUGUAUUCCAAAAAAAGUAGCAUGGACUGCAGCAUCAUUAGCCCAGACCAGACGUCUAUACGCUGGAUAUGGCAUUUUUGACUCUCUCACUAGUGCAAAAAGCUACCAAAAUCACGGAAUAAAAGAAUCAUUUUGGUUUGAAAUGGAGGUAAAUCGAAAGGCCAGAAACUCAUACAUCAACAGAAUCCGUCGCUCUUAUGCCGGGUUUUUUUCAAGCCUUUCUGAUGUAGAUGUUUUUCUUGGAUUUGACGUGACAGAAGUUGAUGUAUCUCGCUACUCGAAAACAGUUAUUGCAUAUAGAGCCAGCGAUGGGGCUAAAAUCGCAGUGAAUGGAGAAAGAAUACUUCUGGCGACCGGGGGGCGUCCAAAACUUCCAGAAUAUCCUCUUUCAUUGACCGGAAUAACAUCUGAUGAUUUCUGGAAACUUCCUUCCAUUCCAAAGACCGUUGUAAUCGCAGGCGGAGGAUAUAUCGCCAUCGAGCUUGCAUCGAUUUUGAAAUCUCUUGGAAGUGAAAAUGUUAUUGUGGUCGUUCGGGAUGAUAGGCUGCUUAUCCCCUUUGACCACGACAUUGUCAGCGCACUUCAUAAGGAGCUUGUUGAGAGAGAGGGUGUCAAAAUUUUUUACAUGCAUGCAGUUACUCAAAUAGAGAGUUUGGCCUGUGAUAAUGGAUCUGCCAGCACAUCUCGAAUAGUGGCAGGUAAACUAGCCUUUUCUUAUUUAAGAUCUCCUAACACCGAAAUCAACGGGCUUCCUGAAGAAAUAAUAGAUCCAAAGUCUCGUUUAGUAAUAGUGAACGAGACAACAUUUGAAACCGCUAUUCCAGGGCUCUAUGCAAUUGGGGAUAUUAUUUAUGGCCAGCAUUUGACGCCCGUUGCAAUCGCUCAGGGAAGGUCGCUUAUAGAUCAAAUUUUUGGAAAUGGACCCUGUUUUAACAAGAGCGUUCCAAUCCCAACAGCAAUAUUCAGCGUGCCUCCAGUUGCAAGUGUUGGGCAUUCUGAAAGUGAAGCAAAAAAAAGCUACGGCAGUGAAAAUGUCUAUUCAUACGUGAAGACUUUUACUCCAAUGAUGAUAUCAGCCAUUAGUGUUCCGGGAGAUCAAAUUCGCAAACGUACCGCAACUUACAAAUUGGUUUGCGUUGGAAAAGAACAAAGAGUUGUCGGAAUCCACAUGUUUGGUCCAUGUUCCGAGGAAAUAAUUCAGGGAUUUGCAGUAGCGAUGGCUACGGGACACCUGACGAAGCAGAUCAUGGACACUGCGAUUGCUCUACACCCAACAAUGGCUGAAGAGCUGCUGUCAAUGUAA